GCAAGGCAUGCGGGGGGGCGUGGACGCGGCCGGCUUUGGAAAGGCCCCAAGUUAAUGAGGCGUGCGCCGGCGGCAGAGCGCCUUUCCGAGCUGGGCUUUCCCCCGCGGUGCGGGCGCCAAGAGCCGCCUUUUCCGCUGGGUGUCACUCGGGGGUGGGGGAGAUGGCUCAUUCAAAAGCGCCGUGAGGGGGCCCGGCCAGUGCCCUUCGGUGAGCGCUCGCAAGAGGACGGCAGAGGCCCGGAGGUUCGCAGCUCCGGGACCUUGUGGCGCAUCAGGACGCGGCUGCCGGCUUGCCGGGACCCUGAGCCGCCGCCUCCGCCACCGCCGCUCUGCUUCCUGCGUGUUAGCCUCCUCUGCGCGCUCCGGGCGGGCGGCCGCGGGAGCCGCUGGGGCGAGGACGGCGCGCGGCUGCUGCUGCUGCCCCCGGCUCGGGCGGCUGGAAGUGGAGAGGCCGAGCCGAGCGGCGCUCCUCCCUAUGCCGGGAGGAUGUUGGAGAGCAGUGGCUGCAAAGCGCUGAAGGAGGGUGUGUUGGAGAAGCGCAGCGACGGGUUGCUGCAGCUCUGGAAGAAAAAGUGCUGCAUCCUCACCGAGGAGGGGCUGCUGCUUAUCCCGCCCAAGCAGCUGCAACACCAGCAGCAGCAGCAACAGCCUGGGCAGGGGCCGGCCGAACCGUCCCAACCGGGAGGGCCGUCCGUGGCCAGCCUCGAGCCGCCAGUCAAGCUCAAGGAAUUGCACUUUUCCAACAUGAAGACCGUGGACUGCGUGGAGCGCAAGGGCAAGUAUAUGUACUUCACUGUGGUGAUGGCCGAGGGCAAGGAGAUCGACUUUCGGUGCCCGCAGGACCAGGGCUGGAACGCCGAGAUCACGCUGCAGAUGGUGCAGUACAAGAACCGUCAGGCUAUCCUGGCGGUCAAGUCCACGCGGCAGAAGCAGCAGCACCUGGUUCAGCAGCAGCCCCCGCAGCCGCAGCUUCAACCCCAACCCCAACCCCAGCCUCAGCCCCAGUCACAGUCUCAGCCGCAGCCCCAUCCCAAGCCCCAGCCCCAGCCCCAGCCUCAGCCCCAGCGUCAGCCCCAGCCUCAGCCUCAGCAGCUCCACCCGUGUCCGCAUCCGCAUCCGCACCCACACGCGCACCCGCACCCACAACAACUACCGCACUCGCACCAACAGCCGCUCUCGCAGCCGCACGGCCACCGGCUUCUCCGCAGCACUUCCAACUCUGCCUGAAGGGGGCAGCACCCGGGCCAGACAAGGUUUUGAGGACUUGAGGAAGUGGGACGAGCACCUUUCUAUUGUCUUCACUUGAAUCGAAAACAAAAGUCUCCCCGCCCCGCACCAGAUCAAGUAGUUUGGACAUCACCCUGCUGAUAACUUGAGAUUCCUCUCCUCUUAGUUUUCUGCAUACUCUUCAUCAUGAUGCAGGAAACGGCUUCAGUCCAGAAGGCUUUAUUUAUGAACCUUUGAAAGGAUCUUCCAGUAUGGUGGACC